GGAUUGUGAUUACUUCACGAUUUUGAAGCCUGCUUUCAGGAUGGAUGUGGACUUAGGUGCUGGCGGGGACAGCACCCGAAGGAAGAUAGAGUCAGCGGGCGAGGCGAUGGAAGUGAUACCUUUGGAAAUGUACGACUCUGCCAGGGCAAAAAUAGCCGCCAACCUGCGUUGGCUAUUUGCCAAAGCCUAUGGUAUCGAUCACAUCCCAGAUGACCUACGUGACCCCUUCUACACUGACCAGUACGACCAAGAGCACAUUAAGCCGCCGGUCAUCCGGCUGCUGCUGUCCUGUGAGCUCUACUGCCGUGUGUGCGGCCUGAUCCUCAAAGGAGACCAGGUCGCCUCUCUGCAGUCCCACCAGUCUGUCAUCCAGGCCCUGUCCCGCAAAGGCAUCUACGUCAUGGAGAGCGAUGACACGCCCGUGUCGGAGUCUGACCUCAUAUGCGUGCCCAUCAAAAUGAGUUCCCAUAUGCCCAUGAUCGACGCCCUUAUGAUGGCCUACACUGUGGAGAUGAUCAGCAUCGAGAAAGUGGUGACCUGUGUCAAACGCUUCUCCACCUUCAGUGCUUCUAAAGAGCUGCCCUUUGAUCUGGAAGAUGCUAUGGUCUUCUGGAUCAACAAGGUGUGUCUGAAAAUGAGGGAAAUUACAGAAAGAGAACACAAAGUGAAGCAGCAUCUGCUUGAAUCUCCCAGUCACCAGAAGUCUCCCUCAAAAUGGUAUUGGAAACUAGUACCUGUGCGUUAUCGGCGGGACCACGCCUCAGGCCGGCAGCUGCCCUUUUUCCCUCUCCUGGAGGACUUGAUGAGGGACGUGUGUGAUGGAGCAGCUCUGCUGACUGUAGUCCACUACUACUGUCCAGACCUCAUGAAACUUGAUGACAUCUGCUUAAAGGAGGUGACCUCAAUAGCAGACAGUUUGUAUAAUAUUCAGCUCCUGAAGGAGUUUGCCAACGAAUACCUUAACAAGGGCUUCUAUCUGACAUUAGAAGAUAUGCUGUAUGCUCCUCUGGUACUCAAGCACAAUGUCAUGGUCUUCAUUGCAGAGCUCUUCUGGUGGUUUGAGAUUGUGAAACCAGACUUUGUCCGCCCAAGAGAUGUUCAAGAGUUCAAAGAUGUGAGAGCAACGGUUCCUCCUAAGAGUUCACGACCAUCUGUACCCAUCUCUAAUGCUACCAAGCGGAGUUUCCUGGUCACCCCAGGCUCUGCUGAUGGGGCACUUCCUGUCCAGAACAGCCCAGAAGUGUGUAACAGAAAUAAGGGGAGUCCCAGCUUCAGUCCCUCUCAUCCACUACUUCCAUUAAGACAGAGACAGCAAAAAGCUCAGCCAGGAGAGGAAAGCUCAGCCUGUAGAAAUCGCUCAAAUUCCUUGACGCAAGAGUGUCACUCACGAGGAUCAGUGGCAUCUUGGCCAGAGAAAAGGCAAAGGCCUCUCUCCCAGCUGAACCGCUAUGUCCUCCACUCUGCUACUGACAGCGAUGCAGACAUGGCCUCUGGUGACAGUGUGAGCCUGACCUGCUCCAUCAGUGAGGACAGCCUGGCCUCCAGUGUCACGCCCAAACACCAGAUCCACCCAAACCAGGGUGGCUCACGACGGGUCAAUGGCCAUGCACUGUUGGGAAAUGUUGACAUGGAUGAAGAGGAUGAGCUGGUGACCAUUAUCAGGGCGGAGUCGUCUAAAAACGAUACACUUUCAAACUCUGGAGUUUCAGAGCGGCAGAGUGCCACCCCUGGUGCUAAAAUAGGUGCGUGGGGAAGGCAAGAGGAAGCCUCCUCAGAUACCAGAACAGCAAGUUUCUACCUGGAGCCACUGAUGCCUGCCGUUCUCAAACCGGCAAAAGAAAAGUCUGUGUGCCUGAAUAAGGAGGAAGAGUCAGGGGAGGCACGGCAGAGAGGUUCAGGGAGAAGAGUGGGGGCCUCAGAUGGUCCCAUAACCUCUGCAAGACGUAGACCUCAACACAGCCUUAAUCGCACCUUCACCACCAAUUCCAGCGCUGAGUUUGAAGCGGCCACUGAGCCCAAAAUGAAUGAGCCUGUACUGCCAGCCCCAGGUCAGGCCCAUGCCGUCCGGCCUCUGGUUACAAGCAGCACCGAUCCCUCUCUUUCUGAGCAAACCUCAGGUUUUUACCUUCACUCGUCUGUAACAGAGGACAAAAGUCCUCCCCAGGCCUCUGAUACACAGCUAGAGUCAGACAUUGAAACUAUAGACACUAUUGAAGAGCAGGAUCCAGAGUUCACCAAGGGGCUUCACCCUGACAAAAAGUUCUGUGAGGAUGAUGAAGAGUCUGCCAAGCUACGGGAGGACAUGAACGUGAAGGAGCAUGAGGACAAGGAUGGAGGUAGUAGAUGCUCUAGCCCUGGAGUCUCACAGGUCAGUAGUGUGGCUAGUGGCAGUGUGCGCAUGACUAGCUUUGCAGAGCGUAAGAUGCAGAGAUUCGGCAGCAAUCACGACAUACGCUCAAGCACUAGCAGUUCACAGAGGACCACACCUGAUGGCUCAGAGAGUUGCCCUUUUCCUAUCACCACCUGGAGGAUGAAGAGGGAUCAGAGCCCUACACAGCAGGGGAAGGACAGUGUUAACAUGCUGGCCUCUGAGUUGGUGCAGCUGCACAUGCAGUUAGAGGAGAAGCGGCGUGCCAUUGAGGCCCAGAAGAAAAAGAUGGAGGUUCUGUCUGCCAGGCAGAGACUGAAGUUGGGGAAAGCAGCCUUUCUGCAUGUUGUGAAAAAAGGGAAGAGCGACACCCUCCCUCAGCCGUUGAAGUCAGAGUACUACCUGAAAGAGGACCAGAAGUUUGAUGGAGGAAAAGAGAAGUCUUCAAAGGACGACUCUUGCGUGGAUGCAUUGAAAAGCAGCAUGAAUGAUACUGAGGAAGCUGAGAAGGCAGCUCUUCAGUGGGCUAAUACAUCUGCCAUAUCCCCCGGUGCCUUAGACGCGGAUGAGGAGAUAGACCUUAACGAAUGCAGUCGCUCCAUUGAGUUGCUUAAUGAGGCUAUUGGAAACAUUCAACAACAGAUGAUGCAGCUGUCCCUUCAGCAAGACCUGCUCAUGAAGCAGAAUCUUCAGUCACCACCAGAUGCUGCCCCAACCCCAACUAACGAGAAAGGAGAUGGCCCUGAGCCCAAGGUCCGAGCUGCCAUACAUUUUGUGGAGCCACUUUCCACAAGUGCUACUGCUGUGACACGAAAGCCGCCUAAACUGACUUCGUCACGGACUCGGUCUAAACCCUCUGACCUGAAGCUUUCUAGGGAGAACAGUAAGCAAGCAUCUAAGACCCCUACCCCUACUAUUGUUGACUCUCCUUCCCACCUAAGAGCUAGUCCAGGGGGCAGGCUUCCCAAGGCAGAGUCUGAGGAUACUGUCAGAUUAGAGACAAUCAGCCAGGACAAAGGAUACCUGAAAAAUACCGCACUUCACCUUAACAAUGAAUCCAACCUUCGUACAGUUUCAAGGGAAUCAAGCUCUGCAAACCUUGGUGUGACCUUUGAUGAGUCUAGAACAUUAAGGGAAGGUGAAACAACCCUUGAAGAUGCCACAGGAAGGGAGAGUGUCUCCUCUGAGGAUAUCUCCAGGAAUAGGGCUAAUCUCAUUGAAGUGGACUUGUCAGACUUGACUGCCCAGUCAGAUGAUGGGAGCUCUAGUGUUUUGGAUGUCACUAAGGAUGGAGCUGACGGAGAGAAAAAAUCUGGCAUGGGUUUCUUCUUUAAGGAUGAACAGAAGGCAGAGGACGAGCUGGCCAAAAAGCGCGCUGCAUUUCUGCUGAAGCAACAGAAGAAGGCUGAGGAGGCUCGGUUACGCAAACAGCAGUUGGAGGCAGAGAGUGAGCUCAAAAGAGAUGAGGCCCGGCGCAAAGCUGAAGAGGACAGGAUCAGAAAAGAGGAAGAGAAAGCCAGGCGUGAACUAAUUAAACAGGAAUACCUGAGAAGGAAACAGCAGGAAAUGUUUGAGGAGCAGGGGCAAACCAAACCGAAGAGCAAGCCUAAGAAACAGAGGCCCAAGUCGGUGUUGCGUGAUGAGCCCUCUAGUGACACGUUGCCAAAGUGUGUCUCCACACUGCCCCCUACCAAUGAAAACCUUAUCAGUGCCCAGUCUGGUUCUAGUCUGUCACUUGCCUCUGUGGCUACUACUGAGGCAGACAGUGUCAAUUCAGGAGGAGCAGGAUCACAGCGUGGGGAGUCAGUGGAGUCGUUCCCAGGGCUAAGUCGCAAUUCCAGCCGGACUACAGAGAGGGACUGGGACAACGGUUCCACUGCAUCUUCCAUCACAUCAACAUCCAUGGCGGAGUACACCGGACCCAAACUUUUCAAGGAGCCGAGUGCAAAGUCCAAUAAGCCAAUUAUCCACAAUGCCAUCUCUCACUGCUGUUUGGCAGGGAAAGUCAAUGAACCACAGAAGAACUCAAUUCUGGAGGAGCUGGAGAAGUGUGAAUCCAACCAUCUGAUGAUCCUCUUCCGGGAUGGUGGCUGUCAGUUCCGAGCACUGUACUCCUACUUCCCAGACACAGAAGAAAUCCACAAGCUCACUGGCACAGGGCCCAAGAGCAUCACCAAGAAGAUGAUAGACAAGCUCUAUAAAUACAGCUCGGAUCGCAAGCAGUUUACAGUCAUUCCUGCAAAGACCGUGUCUGUCAGCGUCGAUGCCCUCACCAUCCACAACCAUCUCUGGCAGGCCAAGAGACCCGGAGUGUCAAAGAAAAGUGCGAAGUAGAGCACAGCCCACUGGAACUGUG